AUGGCGCGCUGGGGUCACCUGUCGCCGGAGGUGAAGACCAUGCAUAUUGCAGAGGACGUGAAGCUGGCGGCGGAGCUGGACAACGAGUUCGGGACGCUCGCGUUCGACAUCGAGCAGCGGAUGAUCGUCCUGGACAAGUACCUCCGCAUCCGCGUCGGAAAAUGGCUCCAGAAGCUGUCGUCGGUCCUCACCCGCCGGGUCCACUGGAAGCGCCUCCGCAACGACUACGCGAGGACGCUGAUCGAGUGCCUCAAGAAAGGCCGCAUGCAAGCGCCGUUCGACAAGUGCCCGCCGGAAGGUCCCCUGCCGGGGCUCGCCCCGUGGAUGGUGCACGGUGCCAAAGUUGCCACGUCGUCCGGGCGGCACACCUCGAAGGACUUCCCGGGCGGCACGAACGCCAUGGCAGUGCAGACCGGGCGUGCGGCGCGCAGGCUGUUCGGGGACGCCUCGGCCACGCGCGCGCUCGACCGGUACGACGGCCGGGAGCGCGGGACGAGCCCGUCGAUGAGCCCCGAGCAACUGACGUACCCGAAUCGCAUCCAGCUGGCAGACACGAGCUCCGCCUUUUCCGGGGGCGACGGCGUGGGCGCCGCGAAGACGAAGCGCGAGCUCGAGGCGCAGCUUGGCGCGAGCAGGGAGCGGACGAACGAGCUGGAGUGGAAGCUGCUGCGUGCGGAGCGGGGCGCGCGUGACGCACACGUCAAGCUGGCAGGGGCCGUCGGGGAGGCUGCGGCGCGGCGGGCGGUGCGUGAAGCGUCGUCGGACGACCCGUUGUGCCGCAACGAGAUUGGGCGCCUAGUCGACAAGUACGAGCGGAAGCACGACGCGAUGAAGGGCUCGCCGCUCGCCGUCAGGCUGUCCAAGUUCCGCCCGCGAUCGCUGUUCGACGUCGAGACGGCGGACAUGAGGAACCAGCAGGACCACGAGGACUGGGAGAAGGCGAUCCGCGAGUUCCGGCGUCAGACUGAGUAUCUGCGUCAGACAAUUGCGCAGAUGGGGUAG